UCACUCUGUUUAACACAAUACACGCAAUAUAGUAAAGAGAAAGAGAAAUAGACAGAAGUAAAGAGAAAGAGAGAGAGAGAGAGAGAGAGAGAGAGGGAAGGAGAAAUAUGCAUGGGAGGAAGGUCCUUCAGUAUCGUCUUUGUGAGCAGGUAGACACUCGACGCGUCUCGUGUUCUUCUAUUUUCUCCAUUUUUGAAUAAUCAAGAUUCUUUAAGAAAAAAACCUAUAAAAGUAAUGAUAAUUUAAUGAAAAGAAAUCUGUGUGAUAAAAAAAUUAGUAAUUGUUCAGAAAUUUUCAUUAAGUUCAGAGUUCAAUGUCCGAAGAAGAAGAAAAAGAAGAAAAAGAAGAAGUGCUCAGUUACUUUGAACCUUGACCCUCUUUUUGAUCUUUUUCUCGAUUCGGCUAGUUAAAAAGUACGAACGUAAAAUAGGAAAAAUUGAUGUUUGUUAGCAGUUGAAAGGAUCGUCUGUUUGAAUUUUUCCCGCUCUUGGUGGACGAGCGUGGCAUCUUUUUCCUGACGGCAAAUUGUUGACGAAUGGGCUUACGUUUCGUAAGUACACCGCGGGAUACGAACGUUGAACGUUUGAGAUAUUUCGGCGCUGUCAGUCGAGAGGGCGAAGUCGAGCCAAGUCGUUGCUUUCCAAGUCGUCAAUGAUAACUAAAAGAUUCGUAGAAAAAUAAUAUCAGUGGAUAAAUCAUUACUUUUUAUCGAGAUAAUUGUCUGAAACAAAAGAAGAAAUUUAUAUCGUCUUUUUAAAAAAAGUCAUCUUCGUCACGAACAUGACGCAAUCAGAGUGGUGGACCAUGAAAAAGCAACGAAAGAAUUGCGCAAGCAAGACGACAUCAUUUCACAAGAAGAUAAUUCAAUGUACCGUGUGGUCACUAAGGGACGAUGACAGGAUGUCGUGUCUUCAAAGAAAUAAUAUUAAAUCUCGUUAUUUGGAAUUCGAUCCUAAGUGCAGAGAAAAUCGACGAAGAAGUUUUAUUAGAAUAUGGCAACCCGAAGUAUCUUGAAUCACAGAAAUAUAUGUACUCUUGGACCGGACCUAAUGCGCUUGCGAGAUCAGCUUUGUUGGAACGUCAAGAAAGAUUGCAAUAUAAUUGCGAAGAGUUUCUUAGACGUAAUAAUGUUGAAAGUGGAACUUUGACUUCUGAAUCCUUUCGAAACAUUCUCGUCGACGAGCAACACGAGUUGCUUUAUUGUUACGUACCAAAGGUUGCCUGUACAAACUGGAAACGUGUUUUAAUGGUUGCAACAGGAAAGUGGCCUGGAAACGAUCCUUUAGAAAUACCGGCUGACCAGGCUCACUCUCCGGGUGUAUUUUUGAGGCUAAGUAAUUACACGCUUUCAGAAAUUGAACAAAAAUUAUUAGCGUAUGAUAAACUUAUAGUCGUUAGACAUCCGUUCGAAAGGUUGUUAUCAGCAUAUAGGAAUAAAUUGGAAGCUAAGAAUGAAAAGAGUUCGAGAUACUUUCAAACGCGUUUUGGAAAGAAAAUAAUUAAGAAGUAUAGAGUCAAUGCCACGCAAGAAUCGUUAAAAAAUGGCGACGACGUUACAUUUCGCGAAUUUGUCGAAUUUAUUAUAAAUGAUUCGGAAAAUGGUACGAAGAACGAACACUGGAGACCCAUAUAUGAAUUAUGCCAUCCGUGCAUAGUUAAUUAUAAUCUUGUAAGUAAGUAUGAGACCUUGGUGGAAGACGCUACGGAAGUGUUGGAAAGGAUGAACGUCGUCUCUGUUAAUUUCCCAUCUAAGCCAUCUAGCAGCGAGCCAACAUCCAAGAAGUUGGAUCGAUAUUAUUCGACGUUAAGUUAUAAACAAUUAAGGAAAUUGGAAGAUUUGUACAAAUUAGAUUUGAAAUUGUUCGAUUAUUCACUGGAGGAUGUUCUAGGAUUUUCAUUAGCUUAAAUUUCUAGUGAGAAUUAUGUAAUAGUAGGUUGUAUUAAUACACAGAACUGAGGUAAGCCGAAUUAAAAGAUUCCAAGAUAUUUUCUAAUUUAUUUAUAUUAGAAUGAAUAAUUAUUGUAGUUAAAUAAUUUUAUCUAUUUAAGAAUUCACUCGAGUCACUACGUUACAACAAUUUUUAUUUUAAUGCUGAUUUUUGUGCCAAUAACGUUUAGAUCUAUGAUUGUUAUGUUUUAUCUUGUAUUUUUUUACGUUCUACGAUAAUGAGAAUGCAUUGUAUGCCAUUUGUAUUAAUCACUGUUUUUAUAUAACGAAAUGUAUACUUAAUCACAAUUACGAUUGAUUCUUGUAUUUUUCUUCAAAUUUU